GUGCAGUAACCUGUAUUGGGUUUCCUGUGUAUCCAACAUGGCUGCUCGUCUUGGUCGUCUUGCUGCAGAAAACACAGCAUUUUUGCUGUGUGAUAUGCAGGAGAAGUUUCGUCCAUCAAUUCGUUUUUUCCCUGAGAUCAUCAAGGUUGCACAGAGAAUGGUUAUGGCGGGUACCAUCAUGAAGAUCCCCAUCAUUGGCACAGAGCAGUAUCCUAAGGGGUUAGGAAACACUGUUGAGGAGAUAGAUACCAGUGGAUUUAAGGACAAAAUAUUCCCAAAAACGGUAUUCUCCAUGGUCAUACCUGAAGUGGAAGAGGAACUCAAGAAAAUGCCCAAUGUGAAGUCAGUGGUGCUGUUUGGAAUUGAGACACAAGUGUGCAUCCUUCAAACAACCCUUGAUUUGCUUGAAAGAAACUACGAAGUUCACGUUUUGGCUGAUGGUGUAUCUUCACGUACCAUGGUGGAGAGGAUGUUUGCUUUGGAUCGCCUUCGUCAAAGUGGAGCAUUCAUAACGACAAGCGAGUCUGUCCUCUUUAUGUUGCUAGGCCACAGCAAGCAUCCCAACUUUAAAGAAGUCCAAGCCCUCGUCAAGACAGCAGCACCAGAUUCUGGAUUACUGUCCAAAGUCUAAUAAUGAUAAUACUAUUUGAAACUAAGAAAUUUUCAUAGUGAGCAGGUCUGAAUGAUUAUUUCAUUUUUUUUACUGUGAAUCUUGGAUUUCGGCAACUGUCCUGUGUUGAUUAUGGGUGAAUCUCACCUCAGUGCAUUGCACACCAGUACAGAUCACUCUAGUUUGUAUUUCAGUAAUGUAAGAACAGUUAUGAGAUAAUUGAGGCAAUAAAACAACAAGACAAUUUAAGCAACA